AUGCCGGAUGAGACAAGCUGCCAGCUGCACUCGAAUGAGCUUGUACUCAGGGAAGUUUUCCAGAACUUGGACGGCAAAACUAGUGGACCCGGAUCAUUCACGGGGCCGUUGGGCAAGGCAGCCGGCGCCUCCGUGCACCGUCUUUCUCUCGUGAAGUUCCGACCGGUGAGCGGCCCAGAGCUGGAUCUGCCGGACAACAUCAUCGCCGACCUCAGCAGCGACAAACUCCUGCUGUAUCAGCUCACCAGAGCCGUGCGGACGGGCAACAUCUCCGUUAAGAAGGCCUGCAAGAAAAUCGGUCCCCUGAACCAUUCGAGAGUAGCAGGUGCGCCACUGGACUCCAACGCCGACGAGCCGCCGGCCGCAGCGGGCGGACUCCAGGGUUCCAGCGCCGACGAGCUGACGGCCGUAGCGAGCGCGCUCCAGGAUUCACGCACCGACGAGCCGCCGGCCGCAGCAGGCGCGCUACUGGACUCCAGCGCCGACGAGCCGCCGGCCGGAGCGGGCCGGCUCCAAGAUCCACGCACCGACGAGCCGCGGGCCGCCGCGGCCGGCCUCCAUACGGAGGACGACACAACAUCACCGUUCAGAGUGUUAAUGGAAACAGACGAUACUGAACUGGGGCCGGACGCGGCAGGCGACGUACGCUGUGUUGCGCUGGGCAAAACAGUCCAAGAUGCUGGUAGCGGGUGAAAUACGCAGCUGCUCGUCGUCUCCUAGAGCGCCGCGGACGCCGUGGACUGCGCCAUCAAAGUCGACGAAAAGUCGGCUCCAGCAGCCGACCGUCUCAAACUACUCGGAGCCACCCCCUCAACCUGCUCCUUCACUUCGGGGCCCAUUGCCGCAGUCUCCGCUCCCGAGUGCGCCCGGGAUCCAGCAGCUUCGCAAGCUGACAGCGCGGGGCUGGGGACUAGAGGAACGACAGCUCUGCGCUGUAGCGUCUGGAUACGUCCGUGGAGUGCUGGUGCACGCGGCCGCCACCUGGCUCCUGGUGACGCCACAAUCCCACGUGGAACUUCUCCAGAGGGAGAUGCGGGCGGUGACCCGUAUAUCACCGGCUGCCCCUUGUUUACCCCCAGCCCACGCAGUGACGGCGGAGUCCGGACUGAUGCCGGUGCCCGCUGGCCGCCCGGCGAGACGUGCUGGUAGCGAAGCUCUUCGCCAAGGCGCACGCGCUCCCCGAGGGCAAGCCCUCAGGACUAUCGCGGAAGAUGGGCCGCCCAGCCGACUGAAGUCGAUGACGGGCUGGCGUGGGGUGGGGCACGAAACCUGGCGAGCGGCUGGGAUCGCCCUGCCGCUCGACCCCGCUGGUUGCAUGCCAGUGCUCCGCCGAGGGAGGUGGCCGCCUUCCCAGACUUCACCUUCAGGCUGGACAUCGGGACACUGCAGCGCGACGCCUCGGCUGAUGAACUACACCUGGCGGCACAGCGACACUUGGCCACCCUCCCCAGCAAGCCAUCAGGGUAUGAACUGACGCAUCGGCGGAAGCGGGAGUCCGCAGCGGAGAAGCCUUCGUGGAGUGUACACGGGUGUGGGAAAUGAAUGCUAAGUGUAUCCAAAUUGAAGGCACUGCUCUCGAAUGAUAUAAAUACUAGAGAUGUCAAUCGGAUGCCAAUU